AUGUCAACAAAAACAUACAUCCUCGUCUACGAGGGCUCCCCCCUCGACUACGCCGAAUACCGCCACACGGCGCUCCACUUCGUCUUCCCGCGGGGCCUCACCACGACGAUGCACGUGGUCGGCACGCAAGGCCUCUUCCAGUUCGAAGAGGACAUCGACCAGGACCCCUGCGAGGGCGGAAACCUGGUCAAGACCAUCACGGUCGGCCCGCUGACGGGGUCGAUCAGCGCGGCGGCCCUGAAGAAGGCGGUCUCCGCGACACCGGUCAAGAACGGGCGCAACGAUCUGGAGUGGAAUUGUCAGAAUUGGGUGGGUGAUGCGCUCGCCGGGUUGGUGGAGAUCGGGUACUUGAGUGAGGUGCAGAGGACUGGGGCGAUUGAUCAGAUGUUGGAUGCUUGUUUGGAGGCGAAGGAUGAGUGA